UGUCAACGUCAAAAUAUUGACACUGUCAUUUUCCAACCUCUGAUUUGUCAAAUAAACACAAAUGUCUAAUUUUUGGGAUGAGGAUAAUGGAACAUUUUAGAUUUUAGGUGUAUUUAGGUUGUUUGUAAACUAACAAAUGUAAUAAACAAGUGUAAACGUAGACAUGUCCGCAUAUUCUACGAAUAUUGUUACCGAAAAUGGCGAGCAGUUUAUUCCUGCUUCACAACGUCCAGACGGUACGUGGAGAAAAGCAAGGAGAGUCAAAGACGGGUACGUUCCACAAGAGGAAGUACCGCUGUACGAAAGCAAGGGCAAACAGUUCAUGAGCAAAAAGCAGGAACCCGUCAAGUUAUCAACGGGACAAGUUGCACAUAGGCCUAUUCCAGGGCUGUUCAUCAUCGAAAACGACAAUGAGAAGAAAAAUCAAUCAAAGAAGAAGCAGAAAAAAAAAGUGGAAGAUGUGACUAAUCAACUAGAAAAUGUGAAGCUAAGCAGCAAACCAGCUCAAAAAAAUGAGCCAAAGAUGCCUGUGAAACCUGUCCAAACCUCAGCAGAUACCUCAAAGUCUGCAGACACUGCUACUGAUCCACAAAAGAAGCUCAAAAAUCUAAAAAAACGUCUUAGAGAGGUAGAGUCUCUUGAAGAGAAGUUGAAAAAUGGUACCAUAAUGAAACCAGAACCGGAACAAUUGGCUAAGGUCAAGAGAAAGAAUGAUUUGCUGUUGCAAAUUCAUGAAUUGGAGAAGCAGGUUCAGUAAAUGAUGGAGCAGUUUGUAAAUAUAGGUUUGAUCCUUUUUCUUGGCAUUGUGGAUGGCAAUGUAAGGUUUUAUUGAAUGGAUAAUUUGUUGAAAGCAUUUAUGUGAAGAGGUUGUAUUUUCAAAAGGUGCUAUAGAGAAAGAAGUACUAUUGCAUUUUUGUUUGACCUAGUGGAAACCUUAUGAUGAAGUGUGAUAUUUGUUGAUCAUUUAGCCAAGGGGUUAAGUAAAAAAUAGGAUACUGAUUGAUCAGUAAAUACUGAUGAUGCAGAACACAGUAAAUACUGAUAUUGUGAUACUACACUGUACCACUAAACACAAAACAAAAUAACUAACUUUCUCAUGAAAUUUGCUGCUGUAUGCUAUAGCAGAUAAAUUCUUUAUGAUACACAAUAGGGAAUAUGCAUGUGAUUCAAAUACAGUAGCGACUCGAUAAUCCGGAUCAAUUAAAACCAGGUGCAAUAUGGACUAAGGAAAAAUCCAGAUUAGUGGCAAUCAUGAGGAAAAUAAGUUCUUGAUAUUACAAACAUGUUUAUUUCAGAAAAACUGAAACAUAAAUUAUCUACAUAGCUAAAAUAAGCAAAUAACGUCUUUUAAGUCAAGGAUUGAGGUAAGUGAAAUAUUGUUGUCUUCUGCUCAUUUAAUCCCUGCUGUAAAAUGCGCGAUUGCCUCUUCAUGUUUAACUUUUGGAACAGUAAAUUGGUUUCCAUUUUGUGUUUCUACGUCACUCAGUGAAUUUUCAGAAUAGUCAUCUUGAAAUAUGUCUUGAAGAGUAUGUUCUUCAGUUUCUUCCACCCACUCCAAAAUUUCCCCUUCUGUAAAUUUUUGAAAUGAUGUAUUUUCUAUCAGUGUUGUCCUCAAUAGUCUCCAUUUGCUGCUUUAUUUGUAUGCGCAAUAAGCUUAAUGGGUAUUAAAUCUUCCAGGUCAUAAUCUAAGUUUUCAGCUAACAACUUUUUCCAACACUGUUCUAAAGCAAUUGACACUAUUGUCCAUGCGUUAUGUAAUAUGCAAACUGUGUCUUUUAGAUUGAAGUUUCUUAAAGAUUUACUAAGCUCAUUGUUUUCUUGCUCCAUAGUACGGACAAUGUGAGCCAAUAAACUUUUUCUAUAAAAUAAGUUGGUUAAUCUUAUCGCAUUUUGGUCUAAUGGCUGAAUCAACGCGGUGCAGUUGGGCGGUAAAAACAUUCGUGAUUAUUUUACCAUCUUCAGAAUCCAAUCCCUUUAAACUGCAGUGGCUAGGUGUGUUAUCAAUGAGAAGUAAAGCUUUUUCGUGGAAUGUCUUCUUUUUUCAAGAAUUCCAAAACUUGCUUGCAAAAUGAUUUAUGAAACCAUUCUCUAAAUAAAUAAGAAGUCAUCCAAGCAUUUUUACUAGACGUAUACUCCACCGGUAAACUCGUGCCUCUGUUUUUAAAAGAGCUUGGAUUUCUAGAAUUGCCGAUUAAUAAAAGUUUCAAUUUGUGCGAACCAUUUCCAAUUGUACACGCCAUAAAAGUUAUUCUCUCCUUACUUGUUUUUCGACCUGGAGCUGUUUCCUUUAAGUAGAUUAAUGUUGGUUACGGUAUCAAUUUCCAAAACAAACCGGACUGAGCAGCGUUAUAGCUUUGGCUUAAAGAUAGCCCAUUUUCUUUUAUGAUCCGAGUUACCUUUUGUAUAAAAGGUUUAACAGCAGAGUUAUCGUUAGAGAGUUUUUCGCCGCAUAUUUGAAGAUGCCUGAGUCCAUGACGUGUGUUGAAUUUCAAAAGCCAACCCCUGCUUGCUUCAAAUGUAUCUUUAUUGUAACAUUUAAAAAAAAUAAUAUUUUGCUUUUUCUGCUAGAAUAUCGUAGCUUACUGGUAUGUGCCGAUCAUGCUGUUGCAGAAACCACCCGUAAAGUUUCUUUUCCAUUUCAAGAUGUUCAGCAGACCGUAAAGUUUUUGUGCAACCUGGAUCGGAAAUGCAUUUCUUCAUAAAACUAAAAUAUUAAAUGCAUUAAAUAUAUAAACAUUUUUUUCAAAAUUGUAUAACUAUUAUGCAUCUAUCUUGCCUAUGUUUUUCUUAAUAUCUGAUAUGGUGGAUGUUCCCACUCCAUAUUCAGCCUUCUUUUCGAUCGACAAAGUUAUGUUUUCGUGUAGGGACCAUGGAGUUUGUUGUUGAAUGACUGAGCCGUGGAAAGGUUCUACUUUACUUACGUCCCGGUCGCGUCGUUUAUGGUGUGAUAUUUAACAAGAUUGAACUUUUUAAGAACUUAAUAUCUGAUCCGGACUAGCAAAACAUGACAAUCGGGAUUACAGAGGCCGAAUUAUUGGAACAUCCGGAUUAUAGAAUUCGGAUUAUCGAGUCGCUACUAUAUUGGGUAUUUAUUUUUUUUACAGUCUGUAUUGUUACAGAAAGCAACCUUCCACCUUAUUUCAUACUUAUGUGCUAUAAAAUUACGAGUAUUAAAUAAUAAAAAAAUUUAAAUAUCGGAUCGCAACGCAAUUGGCGUGAUGUCACGAUAUCAGCAAUUGAGCAGCCAAUCAUUUGUCCCUGUCAUUGAUUGUCAACUUAUCAAUUUGUUCAGAUCAAAGAAUACAGCGCCGAUAAAAUGUGGGGAGGAAAAAUAGAACCUUUUAAAACUUGACAGCACAUUAAGCAGACGUAGAAUAAAAUGACAAACCAUGAGUUGUGACGUCACUGCGGAGCGCGCGAAAAAAUGCGGGGCUUAAAUCAUUAGCAUUGCACUUUUAAAUAUUUAAAAAACACACUGCAGCCGUGGGAAGUAAUACAGAUAUUUCCAUGGAUGAGAUAUGUAUUUACGGUACUACCGUAAAAAAUCUGCAGAAAAUAUCAAAAAAACUCAUAUUCCUUAUAUGUGUUUAUUUAGAUAAAACAUGAAUCGACUUUCAAUUUUGAUAAAUGUGUAAUUCAAACUAAAUGUUUUAUCGGCAAACCAGAUUGAUAUUAUGUAGCAGUCUAGUUGCAAAGUAUUAAAUGUAAUUUUGUUCAUUUAGUUUAUUAUGAAACAACCUGACUUCCAAAUACGUAAUAGAGGUAAUAUCAUGAAAUUUCAUUUUUUCAUAUAGCUUUAUACAUUAUAAAAUUAUUAUAUUAUGAAAAUCUUACAUUGUUAAAACACAAUCAUUAUAGUGAUAUUUUUCAUUUGUUGACGUGUACUUUUUAAAGUUUAUAGAUAUAGAAAAUGCUAUUCAGAUUGUCAAUUCAUAAUAUGAUUAUAUGAUUUUUAUGCAACAUUGGAACUUCAGCUCAUCUUAACAUUAUCGUGUAAUUUGUAGAACAAUGCAGAAUAGGCAAUAGGUAAAAUUUUAUCAGAAUAAAUUGAUAAACAAUCGUUUUUCGUAUUUAUUCAUACAUAUAAUCUCAAAAAUAGUACAGCUAAAUGGUAAAACAUAAACAAAAAUCGUUUUUGUUUACAUACAGGUACAACACUAUAAAGUAAAAUGUGUUUAUAAAAAUACUUAACCAAACAUAUUUGUGAAUUUAAGGAUCAUAGUUUUUCCAGUAUAUAAUGAAGUGCUUCAAGCUGCCUCACUAAAUUAUAUUACCCUCAAAAAUAUAUAUGUUAUUGAAAUGUCUACCUAACUAUAUGCAAUAGUAGCCUUCUAUGUAAAUAUAAAAUCUUUAGAACAAGUAUUCUCAUUUUUUCUGAAAUAAAGUAGAGGGCAGUAUAUACAACCUUUGAACAUUUAUCUCAAAUUUUAAAAGACGGAUUUUGAUCACGUGUAAACCUUGUAUAUAAUAAAUUUUCAAAAAUGAGUCUAGU